AUUGCGGGAUACUCCUGGAUCAGAUAUAUGGUGAAAAUACCCCUGGGUGAGAUACAUUGUGGGGAUACCCUGAGCUGUAGUUUUGAUUGGAUGGUCUGUUUCCUUAGCGACAGGACUGUGUUGUAUAUGGCCUCUAUUACUACUAUCACCAUGGUUGCAAUGCACCCCUUGGCACCAAGUGUGAUUAACGUGGCCUUAAAUCACUUUUCCUGGAGUGUCGCCCUGGCCUGGGUUAUAUUUGCCUGUGCUACUGGAUAUGGAGAUAUGCUAUUUCACUGGUAUGUUGGUUCUGUUUUCCGGUGCUGCCUACAUCGUAUCUAUGGCAGAAGAGGCUCCGAUGAUCGGUCUGGAAAAAAUUCUUAUGAAGGAACUCUCAACACAAAUUCAAAAGUGCUGUGAGCAAAAUCACAGUAUUAACAACGGCCAGUGAAAAUAUGAUUCUUUACAGUUUACUGUUAUAAGUUCAUGUGAAUAAAA